AUGUCAGCAGUGCUAAUUGAACUGGAUAAACUUUCUUCAGAUGAAAUUGAGAGCAAAGAGGAUUCCAAGUCAGACUUUAAGGAAGGCAAAUCAAGUGAUUUAUGUGCCGUUCAUCAAGGUUUUCAACUUCACUGCUCACGUUCUGCACCAGCUGGUAUGAAUACCAGCAAGAGUGAGACAGUGAAAGAACAUCCCUUACAACCCUCUAGAAGAUCGCUGCCAUGCUUAGCUCAGAGCCAAACUCAUCCUCAGAGUCUGAGCAAGCAUUCUUCAUUUCUGCAGCCAAAUCGUGUGCAGCCACAGCCUUGGCCUCAGCCCCUGAGUGCAGGGACAUCUACAGCUACAGUGGAUGUAGUGUCAGAACGAGCUAAAGUGAUGGAGACUUUGGAAAACAACUUGAUCAAGCUGUCUAAUACAGAAUACAAUGAUCCAUUUUUAGAUGUAGGAAAGGACAAAGACACAUACACAGAUGAUUCAGAGCAUGGGAAUUACGAUGUUCGUACAGAUCAGUCAUUGCUUAUUCAAAACAAGCUUGCCAGACAGAAAACAGAACCUCGGACUAAAUCAUCUUUAAAGACUGAUGCCAUGGCAUCGUCAGGCCUCUUCUUCAAAGAUGGAAAAAAGCGCAUUGAUUACAUCUUGGUCUACAAAAAGUCAAGUCUACAGGUAGAAAAAAGAAGCACAUUUGAGAAGAAUUUGAGAGCAGAAGGGCUGAUGUUAGAACGAGAGCCAGCUGUUACAAACAGUGAUAUCAUGUUUGUUAAAAUUCACUGUCCAUGGGAGACUUUGUGCAAAUACGCAGAAAGAAUGAACAUCAGGAUGCCUUUCAGGAAAAAAUGUUAUUACACUGACUGGAGGAGCAAAACCAUGGGCAGUUUGCAGAGGAAUAUGAGAGAGCUGAAAAGCUGGCUGCCCAGAAAUCCAAUGAAGCUUGAUAAGGAGGCCCUACCUGAUCUCGAAGAGACGGAUUGCUACACAGCACCCUUUAGCCGUGCACGCAUACACCACUUUACAAUAAACAAUAAAGACAGCUUCUUCAGCAACUCCACGAGAAGUAGAAUCGUGCAUCACAUGCUACAGAGAACGAAGUAUGAAGAUGGAAAAUCCAAAAUGGGUAUUAAUAGAUUACUAAAUAAUGGAACUUAUGAAGCAGCAUUUCCACCACAUGAGGGAAGCCACAAAAGCAGACAUCCCAUCAAAACGCAUGGAGCUCAGAAUCACAGACACCUUUUAUACGAGCGUUGGGCACGGUGGGGAAUGUGGUACAAAUACCAACCUCUUGAUUUAAUCAGGCGAUAUUUUGGUGAAAAAAUUGGACUGUAUUUUGCCUGGUUGGGAUGGUAUACUGGAAUGCUGAUUCCUGCUGCCCUGGUUGGGCUCUUUGUUUUCCUUUAUGGAUUAUUUACGAUGGAUUCCAGCCAAGUAAGCAAAGAGAUCUGCGAGGCAAAUGAAACCAUCAUGUGCCCUAUGUGUGAACGCAAUUGCACACUACAAAAACUCAAUGAAAGCUGCAUAUACGCCAAGGUUACACAUUUGUUUGAUAAUGGAGGGACUGUCUUCUUUGCUAUUUUCAUGGCAAUCUGGGCUACAGUCUUUCUAGAGUUUUGGAAAAGAAGGAGAGCUGUAUUAACCUAUGAUUGGGACCUCAUAGACUGGGAAGAUGAAGAGGAAGAACUGCGCCCCCAGUUUGAAGCUAAAUAUUCCCAAGUGGAAAGAGUAAAUCCCAUCACAGGAAAACCUGAACCUUUUCAGCCUUUCCCUGAUAAGCUCAGUCGACUGAUGGUGUCUGUCUCAGGAAUAUUCUUCAUGAUUUCACUGGUCCUCACUGCAGUGUUUGCAGUUGUUGUGUAUCGUCUGGUAGCCAUGGAACAAUUUGCUUCCUUCAAGUGGUAUUUCAUCAAGAAGUAUUGGCAGUUUGCAACAUCUGGCACUGGAGUCUGUAUCAAUUUUAUGAUCAUCAUGUCACUCAAUGUUGUAUAUGAGAAGGUUGCCUAUCUCCUGACAGAUUUAGAGCACCCAAGAACAGAAUCCGAAUGGGAAAACAGCUUUGCCUUGAAAAUGUUCCUCUUCCAGUUUGUCAACUUGAACAGUUCUAUCUUUUACAUUGCCUUUUUUCUGGGCAGAUUUGCAGGCCGCCCAGGAAAGUACAACAAGCUUUUUAACAGAUGGAGACUGGAAGAGUGUCAUCCCAGUGGCUGCUUGAUAGAUCUGUGUCUGCAGAUGGGAGUUAUUAUGGUUUUAAAACAAAUGUGGAACAAUUUCAUGGAGCUAGGCUAUCCUUUAUUACAGAAUUGGUGGUCACGACGCAAAAUGAAGAGGAGAGGACAAUCAAUGGAGCAUAAAAUUUCUCUACCUCAGUGGGAGAAAGAUUGGAAUCUGCAGCCUAUGAAUCUUCACGGCUUGAUGGAUGAAUACUUGGAGAUGGUUUUACAGUUUGGCUUCACCACUAUCUUUGUUGCUGCCUUCCCACUGGCACCUCUCCUGGCAUUGCUGAACAAUAUCAUAGAAAUAAGGUUAGAUGCAUAUAAGUUUGUCACUCAGUGGAGAAGACCUAUGCCUGCAAGAGCAACAGAUAUAGGUAUCUGGUAUGGGAUUCUUGAAGGAAUUGGAGUUCUGGCUGUCAUCACUAAUGCCUUUGUUAUUGCCAUUACUUCCGAUUACAUUCCACGUUUUGUCUAUGCAUACAAAUAUGGUCCCUGUACAGAUCAAGGAUACAGACAAGAAAAAUGCUUAAAAGGAUAUGUCAACAGCAGCUUAUCAGUAUUUGAUUUGAGUGAACUUGGAAUGGGAUACUCAGGAUACUGCCGGUAUAGAGAUUACAGAGCCCCACCAUGGAGUUCAACUCCAUAUGAAUUCACUUUGCAGUUCUGGCAUGUCCUGGCAGCACGGCUGGCCUUCAUUAUAGUUUUUGAGCACCUUGUUUUUGGAAUCAAGUCUUUCAUUGCUUACCUGAUUCCAGACAUGCCCAAAGACUUGUGCGACAGAAUGAGGAGAGAGAAAUACUUAGUCCAGGAAAUGAUGUAUGAGGCUGAACUAGAGCAUUUGCAGAGAGAAAGAAAAAAGAAUGGGAAACAAUAUCACCAUGAAUGGCCUUAGUCAAUACCAUGCUGCAACAGAAACGCUGUUUGGAAGUUGAAGAGUGCAGUUUAAAACUGAAGUCAGUCUGUCAUCAGUGUAUGAGAUUGGCAAUGUAUAUAUGUUCCUGCUGGGCUGUACAGUUGCAGGCUUCGGUAGGAAGUGGAAAACAGGUGCUUCCAAUGAAGAAAAUGAAGAGCCUUAUCAGUAACCGGUCUCUGGGGAGCACCAAGUACUGGCACUCAGGAAUGUGCAGACAGAUUAAAAAUUUGGAUACUGAUUUUUUAAAAAGGCAAUGAACAUUCGUGCUGUUCAUGAAGGUACUAACAGCGUAAUGAAAACAAAAAAUUGCCUGUAAACUUAUACAGUAUGGGCAUGACAAAAACAAAUUACAUGAUAUC